GCCUCGCGCGGUGGCGGCGGCGGGUGAGGAACCUGAGGCGGCGGCGGGGGCGGCUCUGCGCGCGGUGGGCUCGGGGUCAGAGAAACAUGGCAGCAAGGAGAAUUGCGCAGGAGACUUUUGAUGCUGUAUUGCAGGAAAAGGCUAACCGAUAUCAUAUGGACCCCAGUGGUGAGGCUGUAGGCGAAGCUCUUCAGUUUAAAGCUCAAGAUCUUCUAAGGACAGUCCCAAGAGCCAGAGCAGAUAUGUAUGAUGACAUUCAUAGCAACAGCAGAUACACUCUGGGCGGAUCUGUAGCUCAUCCUCGAGACACUGGGAGAGAAGGCCUGAGAGGUGAUAUAUUUCCAGGACCUUCCUUCAGAUCAAGCAACCCUUCUGUAAGUGACGACAGCUACUUUCACAAAGAAUGUGGUCGGGACCUGGAAUUUUCCCACCCUGACUCCCGAGACCAGGUCUUCGGCCACCGGAAAUUGGGACAUUUCCGUUCUCAGGACUGGAAAUUUGCACUCCGUGGCUCUUGGGAACAAGACUUUGGCCAUUCAGUUUCUCAAGAAUCCUCCUGGUCACAGGAGUAUAGUUUUGGUCCUUCUGCAUUACUGGGGGACUUUGGCUCCUCCAGGCUGAUUGAAAAAGAGUGUUUGGAGAAAGAGAGUCGGGAUUACGACGUGGACCGUCCAGGAGAGGCAGACACUGUGCUCCGGGGCAGCAGCCAAGUCCAGGGCAGAGGCCGAGGUCUAAACAUCGUUGACCAGGAGGGUGCCCUCCUAGGAAAGGGGGAGACUCAAGGCCUGCUCACGCCUAAAGGGGGGGUCGGGAAACUUGUCAUGCUGAGAAAUGUGAGCACAAAAAAGGUACCCACUAUAAGUUGUAUCACUCCCAAAACUCAGGGCACUAACCAAAUUCAGAAAACCACCCCAAGUCCUGAUCUGACCCUGGGGACAAACCCAGGGACGGAAGAUGUCCAAUUCCCCACUCAGAAGAUCCCUUUGGGGCUUAAUCUGAAGGAUAUUCGGCUCCCCAGAAGAAAGAUGAGCUUCGACCUGAUAGAUAAGUCUGAUGUUUUUUCAAGGUUUGGGAUAGAAAUAAUCAAAUGGGCAGGAUUCCACGCCAUAAAAGAUGAUGUUAAAUUUUCCCAGCUUUUCCAGACUCUCUUUGAACUUGAAACCGAAACCUGUGCUAAAAUGCUCGCCUCAUUCAAAUGCUCCUUAAAACCAGAGCACAGAGAUUUUUGCUUUUUUACUAUCAAAUUUUUAAAGCACUCUGCUUUGAAAACACCCAGAGUUGAUAACGAGUUUUUAAACAUGCUUUUAGACAAAGGUGCUGUGAAGACCAAAAAUUGCUUUUUUGAAAUCAUAAAGCCCUUUGAUAAAUACAUAAUGAGGCUACAAGACCGGCUGCUGAAGAGUGUCACACCCCUGCUCAUGGCCUGCAAUGCCUACGAGCUGAGUGUCAAGAUGAAGACCCUCAGUAACCCCCUGGACUUGGCUAUUGCCCUGGAGACCACCAAUUCUCUCUGCCGGAAGUCUCUAGCUCUUUUGGGACAGACGUUCUCCUUGGCCUCUUCUUUCCGGCAAGAGAAAAUCUUAGAAGCCGUCGGCCUCCAAGAUAUAGCUCCCUCUCCUGCCGCAUUUCCAAACUUCGAGGACUCUACUCUGUUUGGGAGAGAGUACAUCGAUCACCUGAAGGCCUGGCUGGUCAGCAGUGGGUGUCCACUCCAGGUCAAGAAAGCCGAACCCGAGCCAACCCGAGAUCAGGAGAAAACGGUUCCUCCUACCAAACCUGAAAUUCAGGCUAAGGCUCUGAGUGGUCUGAGUGAUGAGGUCCCCCAGCGAGCAGACCACAAGGUGGUGGACACCAUUGACCAGCUGGUCACACGUGUUGUUGGAGGCAGCCUGUCUCCCAAAGAAAGAGCUCUUCUCAAGGAGGACCCUGCUUACUGGUUUUUAUCUGAUGACAGUAGUCUGGAGUAUAAAUAUUAUAAGCUGAAGCUGGCAGAAAUGCAGCGGAUAAGCCAGACCUUGCCAGGAGCAGAUCAGAAGCCGAUGGCGGCAGAAUGUGCAGUCCGGGCCAUGCUAUAUGCCCGGGCGGUCCGGAGCCUCAAGAAGAGGCUCCUACCAGGGCGGCGGCGGGGGCUGCUUCGAGCUCAAGGACUCCGGGGCUGGAAAGUGAGGAGAGCGACCACCGGGACCCAGACCCUCCUCUCCUCAGGCACCAGGCUGAAACACCAUGGCCGGCAGGCUCCAGGCUCCUUGCAGGGAAAGCCGCCCCAACCAGACAGAAAUGAUGCUGCCAAGGACUGCCCGCCAGACCCAGCCGGACCCUCUCCUCGGGACCCCAGCCCAGAAGCCUCAGGCCCAUCCCCCAAGCCAGCAGGAGUGGAUGUCUCCGAAGCCCCUCAGACCUCUUCUCCCUGCCUGUCUACUGAUGUUGAUACGAAGACAAUGGAGACUGCAGAGAAACUGGCCAAAUUUGUUGCUCAGGUGGGACCAGAGAUUGAACAAUUCAGCAUAGAAAACAGCAUUGACAACCCCGACCUUUGGUUUCUACAUGACCAAAACAGUUCAGCUUUCAAAUUCUAUCGAAAGAAAGUAUUUGAACUGUGCCCAUCGAUUUGCUUUACGUCAUCUCCGCUGAACCUUCAUGCCAGCAAGAGCGCCGAUUCUCAGGAGAGCCCCCUGGAGCCCAUGGAGGGGGAAGGAGAGUUUGAGGAUGAGCCCUCUCAGCACGAGGCUGAGCUGGAGAGCCCAGAGGUGAUGCCUGAGGAAGAUGAGGGCGAGGAGGAGGAUGAGGCGGAGGACGAGGAAAGGGGUGAGGAGGCCCCCACUCCUGGAGGGGCCUCCAGGCUGGCAGGAGGGUCGACCAAGUCCGAGGGCUCGGACGGCAGCCCCCAAGCUGAUGGCCUCCUGAGCGAGGUGGCUGAGGAUGGCCCGGCUGGUGCGCCUGCCCUGUCACAGUCCUCCUCAGGGGCCUGCUUCCCCCGGAAGAGAGUCAGCAGCAAGUCGUUGAAGGUCGGCAUGAUUCCGGCUCCCAAGAGGCUGUGUCUCAUCCAGGAGCCCAAAGUUCACGAACCAGUUCGAAUUGCCUAUGACAGGCCUCGGGGUCGUCCCGUGACCAAGAAGAAGAAACCCCAGGACUUUGAUUUCGCCCAGCAGAAACUGACCGACAAGAACCUGGGGUUCCAGAUGCUACAGAAGAUGGGCUGGAAGGAGGGCCACGGCCUGGGCUCCUGUGGGAAGGGCAUCAGGGAGCCCGUCAGCGUGGGAACUGCCUCGGAAGGGGAGGGGUUGGGUGCCGACGGGCAGGAGCACAAAGAAGACACGUUUGAUGUGUUCCGUCAGAGGAUGAUGCAGAUGUACAGACACAAACGGGCCAACAAAUAGGUAUGUGUGUGAGCUAGUGUGGGGGGCUUUCUGCCCAAGCUGAUGUUCUGGUACACAGAGACGCUUCCUCUAGAAAAGUUAGUGUGCCCCACUCAAAACCCAAACAUCAAAAUAUCACUCCCCCCAAAAGAUCAUAAAAUUUUGUGAGGGAAACAAGGAGUGUUUGGAUGUGGAUGUGUCCCACCUCUCACCUUCCAGGCUGAAGGAACGAGCCCCAUGCUCGCCAAGCGCCACUGCACGCAGCCCAUGGUGCGGCCUCAGCACUGGGCUCCCAGGUGCGACUGUACAUGGCCAUCUUGUGGAAACAAGCCACCACGGGAGCGGCCUGGUGUCUUGCAAGUAUGAAAACCAUUGGUGAGAAAGAUAAGGCUUGAAGCAGCAAUUACUCUUAAAACGCCACCUCUGUCCCGGAUCUGCCCUGGAACCAGUGCCCAAGUAGGUUUGGUGUGUACACGAAAAACAAACGUCUCUGCAGUUUCUGGUGCGGAGGUUCCACCCGCUGGCUUUUCUUUUUCUUAAAAAAAGAACGCACCAUUUCCAAUCUGCUUUUGCCUUUCACCCUCUUCCAAAUGCUUUUGGCAGCAAGUCUUCUCCAAGUCUCCCCUGGUUCCGCUCAGAAGGUGGGGCUGCCCUUGAAAGCAUCAGCGCCCUUUAAGUGCUCAGGAACCAGCUCCUGUCGGUUUUCCUGUCCCUGGACACAUUGCUCUCUAAAAGUGAUCUGCUAGCAAACUUGAUACCGAAACAGUCACAGAUCGUAUCUUCUCAAAUUUAAAUAGGGAAUAUAAAUCAGUAAUAAUGAGGUCUGUGCUCUGGUACCACAGCUGUCAGUCGGAGUGCUGAAGCUCUUUAAACAAGUGGAGGUACUGGAUUCGAUGAACGUGUUAUUUAUGGAGUCUCAUCUCUUAAAUGCGUCCCAAGAGACUUAACGAAAUUUCAGCAAUGUAUUCAGCAGCUGUAUUCAGUGGGGAGUAAUCAUUACACCGAUGAAACUUUCCCCAAAUUUACGUGUCUCUUAGAAUCCACAAAACAAACUAGUUUUUUUUUUUUAAACCACAUAUGGAGUCUCUCCUACAAAGGGGUGGGAGGUGUAAACUCUUCAAGACUCUUCAUUUUUUGCAUGUGUGGCAGUGUAAAGAAUUGUUUUAUUAGGGCCUUUGUACAGAGCAGAAAGGAUCCUCUUGGGGUGGGCUCUGCAGCUGUUUGCUAUUUCAAGGCAUAUGAUUGCCGCCCCUUCCAGCUUCUCGCACUCUGCCUCUUGCAACUACAUGCGAAAUUCUCAGGCUGUGGGAAUCUCUCAGCCCUUCCUCAUAAAGCAGCAGUGUUGAAGUUUUAAAUACAUGCUAAAAAUCUGGAAAACAGGAUCCUGCUGAUACUAUAAGCUUGGGGGACACAGCAGUGAGUUUCCCUGUCAGCCACUCGUAUUGGCUGUUGUGAAAUCCUUGCUUUCUCAAAGCCCGAGACCUCCUGGGCUGCAGUCCCAGGCUCCUCUGGAUCUGUCUUGUCUGUCUGGCCCACACUCACCAGCACAGCGUCACGGGCCUGUGCCAGCAUCUCACGUGCCCGCCUGAUGUUGCCCUUCUUCAUGCCACGGGUAGUCCCCAGGGCUCUGCUUGCUUCUGGUCACUUUUGUUGCUUUGGCAACUGGCAGAUCUUUAUGGCCACGGACAUGCUGGAGGUUCUUCAGCAGAGUUGAAAUAGCCCGCAGGGGUGGUGUGGUUUGGGGGAACCACAGCUAUGGGGGUUCACCUCCUUUCUCUUCUAAUCUUUCCAACAGCCUUCCACGUUGGCUGGGGGUCAGGUAAAGGGAUAGAACUCUGAGAACAGGGCCUCGAUCCAGCAUGGCCUUUCACAGAGCACCCUUUGGUGCUGAGUGAGGUGUGCACCCCCCAGCAUGGGUCCUGGCUCUUUCUUCAAGCGUAGCUUUGACCAUCAUAUUCGCUUUGUCCUAGUAUGCUCAUCCUUGGCUUUCUCUGCUUUUAUUUAUAAGUAAAAUACUUUAGGAAUUCCCGGGGUUUGAGCCCUGUUCCCACAGCCUCCUGCCACUCCUCCUCCUGGGGGUGUCCUGCUUUGAGCUGACACUGUGAGCCUUUGGCAGUCGUCAAAGGGAGCACCUACUUCUUGAGCCUGGAAAGUCCUGUAAGCACUCAGGUGGCGCUUCUGUGGAGUUGGCAUUGAGGCAGUGAAGGCAUUGCGUGGGCCGGGGAGGAGCGUGGUGGUGCGUCCCUGUGCCAGCUGUCGGCUGGGGACCAGCGCGCUGGCCCUCUGUGCCCGCCCUUGCCCUCUCCAGCAGAGACCGCUCUGCGGGGAGCACGCGUGAGAGCAAGUGCGAUGUGCAGUUGCAUAGCCUUGUCAAAGUCACAGUGUCUUUUCUGUCAUUCUAGUUCCAGGGUCUCUUCCAUGAGGACGACAGGCAUCCGGAAAGUGCUAACUCACCACUUUGGGUGCUUACUGUCUCUGCCUUGUUUCCAUCACUGGAAAUCAUAUAGAGAAAUUUAGCGUUUUUGGUCCUUGGUAAAACCUAGAAGACGUUUGUGAUGUUACAAAAUGGAAGCUUUGGGUUUUUUUUCUUUUUUUUAAUCUAAGAAGUUGUGGAUGUUGUUAAUCAUUUAGCAGUUGAAAUAAAUGUAGAGGAAACCCA